AUGUUCCCAAGGCGCAUUGUAGCGGCACGCCCGCUGGCUCGAGCCGUCGUCCCCGCCGUAGCCCGGCCACGACCCCAAUUCACCCAAAUCCGAACCGCUCUCACCGACGCUGAGAAGGCCCACGCUGAGCUCACAGACCCGAACCAAAACGGCGGCUACAUCAACCCUCCCGCUGAGAAGCGAGGAAACCGCGACCCGUACGGCGACUACUGGGACAAGCAGGAGCGCCGCAACUAUGGCGAGCCCUGCCACGAGGACAACGAUAUCAUGGGUGUACUAGCGCUCCACGACUACAACCACUUCACCCCCCAAUGGGGCUUCGUCCUACUGGGCACCUUCGUCGCUUCUGUCUUCGGACUCUGCGCGGCUGUCGGUACCUUCUACCCCGACAAGCUCAGUGCGCCCAAGACAUACCCAGAUGGUCUGGAGGCUGAGCUGGGUGGAAAGGGUGCAUUGCUGGCAAGGAAGCCCGCACUUUGCGUUGCGUGCGGGAUAAUGCGUCUCGGCAUCCUCUUCAAGACCGGCAUCCUACGACACCCACCCAGGGGCACCGCUCGCCACUACGUCAUCCCAGCAAUCCAGGAGCACAACCUCGUGGGCCCCAUGCAUUCCGCAAUCCAUGCCCAGGCCAUGAGGGAACUCAAGUUUCUACUGGCCACCGACUGA